UACUAGGGUGGGUACUUUACACUCGUAUCCCCUCAUUAUCCCUUUUUACUCUACUAUUUCCUAUACCCCCCUCUCCAAUUCAUCUAUAAGAGCUGGGAGACACAUAUGUUCUUAGGGCAAUAGGCGUCAACUGGAUUGACUCGCAUGCAAGCAAACCCCGGCGUUUCCACAGACACAUUUUCACCUUCCCACGUCUUUUCAUCCCCCCUCUCUCAUUUUCUCUUUCACCGUUUCCCAACUCUCUUUCCAUCCAUCCAAUAUUCAUUUCUGGCGUUUUCCCACUGCAUACAACUUCCCCUCAGGUCACAUCUAAUGAAGAAAUGUGCUCAAUGUACUCACGAACCACAACACAACUCACCAGGGAGGCUAGGUGCCCAGUUCAUCCCGUUUAUGUGCCUCCUUGCUUGAUCAAAUUUUAUUCAGGUAGCUUACAGUCAAUCUACUCGUAAUAUGGACAAAAUUGGGAAGAUUUUAUUUCCCAAGAAACCUCAAAUGUAGA